AAAAUAGCAACAAAAUGUCGAAAAACUGUUGAGCUGGCAAAAUGGACACGGCCGCCAUGGCCAUUGCUGUCGGCAGCAAUUCCGGGCCCGGGAGCAGCAGCAGCACGAGCAGCGGCUACGGCAGUGCCACAACGACACCGACAACGCCGCUCGGCUCCGGCGGCCACUAUGAAGCGACGUCAACGCCAAUGGCAACCAUAGCGACAGUGGCGCCCUUCUACAGUGAAGCCUUGACCAGUUUGGAUGCACAGCACCGACAUCAGCAGCAACAGCAACAUCAACAACAACAGCAGCAGCAGCAACAAGCGCAUUUUUAUCAUCAGAAUUAUGGUUAUGGGGGAGGUAUGGGGAGUGGCAUGUCCUUGGAUGCUUACAAUUACAGUGCCUAUAAUUAUAAUGCGCCAGCUGCUGCUGCACGAUACGAGAAGUUAACGCCCAAAUAUAACAGCAGCAACAGCAGCAACAAUAUGAUAUCUGGCAGCAAGCCACAAGCGGCAGCAACACCAUUUUAUGCACAGCCUCAGAGCAUGUCCAUGUCAAUGUCCAUGCCAAUGUCCAUGAGCCAAACAAAUCCCUAUGAGGCAUACAAGUACAAAAUGCCAAUGCAACAGCAGCAGCAGCAACAAACACAACAGCAACAGCAACAACAGCAACAGCAAUAUAUUGGCAUGAGUUUGGGCAUGACACAAAAGUCAACGCAAGCGUUGCAACAAUUGCAACCAUUGCAGCAGCAGCAACAACAGCAGCAGCAGUUGUCGCCACUGGAGCCCAACUAUGCAGCCAUCAAGCCAAGCAGCCGCUAUCCAAAUAUGCCACCAGCUGCAUACAACACUCAAUCAGCAGCGGGUAAUUCACCGGGGCAGGUGUCAGGUGCCUACUAUGACAAGUACGGCAUGUCGCUCUACCCACCCAAUGGUGGUCUGAGUUUUGGGGCACCUGCUCCGCUUUAUAGUCCGCCGGAACUAAAUGCGGAGACGGCGUAUCGCAAAUCGAGCAGUAGCAGUUGUCACUGGAGCGUUGACUACAAUGCCGCCAACUGUCGUGUCACCCCAUCAGCAAUGGGUGUCAGCAAUACCGUCGCCUCCACCAGUGCCUAUCAUCAGACGUCUGGAGCAUCGCCCAGCAGCGAUUUGUACUACAAGUAUGACAAGUAUGCAACGCCAACGGCGCCAGUUAAUUAUCCAAGCAAUCCGUAUCAGACCAAUAUGUCGCAACCGUAUGGCGGUAGGGCCAUGUGGCCCAUACCCAAUCCCGUUGAGAAUGUGCCACAAAAUGCGCGCCAGAGCUGCUGUACGCAGGCCUAUCCGCAGCAGAGUUGCUACUAUCCGCGCAGUAAUGGUUACGCCGUACAGCAAGCAGCAGCAGUGGCAGCAGCAGCAGCACCUCCACCACAAUAUUCCGGCGUUAAUCCCAGCAGUGCCUUGGUCACCCACAAGCUCAAGCAUCCGACUGAUCUCUACAGCGCCUACGACUCGCCUGCCCAGCUGAGCUACGGCUAUGGUCAGCCACCGGCUGGUGUUGCUGCAGCCAACGCUACCCCCGCCACCGUCACACCCGUCACCAACAAUAGUCAGCGCUUUGUGCCGCAGCUGGGCCUCAACAUGAGUCUGAAUAUGGGCCUGGAGGCGAAUGUGAGCACCGCCUACUACAAUGAUCUCAGCAGCCUGGACACCUAUGGACAGCAGUCGCAUCGAUCGCAGCCCUACCAGACCGGCAAUCCACUAGACCCUCCGUACGCCUAUCGCAAGCGUCCGUUGCCAGCGGUGCCGGCCAACAGCAAUUGCUAUUUGACGCAAUCGGUUGCAGCGCCACUCAGCAAUCUCGAGGCACAUGUGGACAACUAUGUCGGCUACGAUCUGCACGCAAGCGCCGGACCGCAUUAUGCGACGCAGCCACACAAGCAGCAACAGGCGCAGCAGGUGCAGCAGGUGCCCAGCUCGAAUAGCUCGAAUAUCCGUGACUUUUUGGCCAGCUGGAAUGAUGACGAGGAGGAGCUGCCAGCACAACAGCAGCAGCAGCUACAAAACAGACUCGAGCUGGAGCAAUCACAGCAAACAUCGGCAGUAGCUGUGGUGGCACCGGUGGUAGCACCACAGCAUGUGGUAACUGCCCCACCCAGUUUCAUGUAUGAGACACUAGCACCCACAGGUCCUGUGGCCACUGCCGUUGUCGAUCAUCAGUUGAGCGAGCUACAGUCAAUGAAUCUGCCCGACAUUAUCAUCGAUCAUCAUCACGAUAAAUCGAAUCUAGCAGGCAAUGUGACGCAUGUCGAGGAUACCUUUGCCAGCUUCGAUGUCGAAAAGGAACUGGAUGAGCUGCGUCUAAAGAAAUCGGGCGUUGAGCCUUGCGAUGAAACGCCACCAGUUGAGAGUAUAGCCUUGGCUGAGAUACUACGAGAACCGGCCUCGGAGGUGCUGCCAGUCGAACCGUUGCCUCUACCCGUGGAACUGACCAGUCCACAGUUGCCGAUCACUAGCAGUAUUAGCUGCUUGCCAGGACCGCCCAGCAUUGAGCUUGAUCAUAGCAAUAGCAAUUCGGACGAAUCGACUUUCGAGAAGGAAUACGAGACUUUCAUACACAAGAUCGAUGGCAGCGAAAGCGAAACGGAAAUGACGGCCACGGGCGACGAUGAGUAUCGGGAGCAGGCGAAACGCUUCAAGUUCUAUAAACGCAAGCGAAAGACAACGGAGCCAACGUCGACUAAGGAAAUAGAAAAAACAGACGAAGCUAACCCGGUAGAGAAGGUCCCUAAACCUCUGUCGCCCGCGGCCGGGCCAACUCUAGACGAAGCUUCAGUUCAAGUUAACAUUCCUGUGCCGCUCUUAGCCAAAGCCUCUGCGAGAGCUAGUCGCAAGCUUUCGGCGCGCAAUCGCAUUAAAAUGUUAAAGAUACUCGAGUUUGAGAGUCCCAAGACCAAGCAUCGAUUCUACUUUCGUGCGCUGAAGCUGCUACGCAGGAGAUACGCCUUGGUCAAGUUGCGGGAGAAGCGUUCGCAACGCAUGCGACGUCAGCUCUCGUUGAGGAGGGAGCGUUGCCUGCCGCUGAUCAAGCGUCAAUCUGCCAAACAAAUUGCCACACAAAAUCCACUCAGUCUGAAGGGUUUGAGCUUUUGCGCCCUGAACUCCAGUCGGAGUUCGGCGACAACCUCGGGCCGUGAGACGGUCAUCAAAAGUGGUUAUGCCAUGAGAGAAAGCGUCGACUGUGUGACUAGCAAGGAGCUGCAGCUGCAGCUGGAGCAGGUGCCAAGUGCAGAGUGUCGGGAGGAGCAGCAUAAUGGUGACUCCAAUCACACGGUGCAAUCCGUGGAGCUGCUGGGCAGCUUCAAGGGAUUCGAUGAUGUGGAGAACAUCAAUUUAUCGCCCAAAGCAAAGCUGCAUUCCGAAAGCGAAGAGAAAGUGAAGCGUGAACAGCAACGGCAAGUGAACUCCUUAAAGCAACAGGAAUCCACAAACAAAGGGAGUUAUUUAGUAGAGCAGGACCAAAAUUCAUUGGAGCAAGGAGAAAUUAAAUCCGCCAAAGAGACGAAAAGCCAACUGGAAGUGGACAAGGAACCUCCGCAGGAAGUUAAAUCCUUGCAGCAAACAGAAACUGUGGAGAAUGUAAAUGCCCUAAAGCAGGAGGAAACCCAAGACGAAGUGCAUCUCUCAGUGCAGGAGUCAAAGCAACUAGAAAUUCAGCGCUGGUUGGAUCACAGCAUGGAGGAUCAGUCGACGGCUCUGCUGUUACAACCCAAACCAAACACAGUCAUCUGCUUAGGCUCCUCAUCAUCGUCAUCCUCUAGCUCCUCCUCCAGCUCAACAACAUCCUCCUCAAGCACCAGCUCGAGCAGCAGCUCAAGUUCCGAUCGCGAUGCCAAUAUGCCUAAGCAGAAUGCCAGCAGUACGAGCAGCAGCUGCUCCGGCGAGGAGAGCGACUUCAAUGAGAUGGCUGCACUGGAAAAGGAGCUAUCCCAGCAGCUGCCAGCGCUGCCAAUGCAGGAGACUACGCAGGCGUUGACCGCUGAUCCAACCAGCGACGAAAUUUCCAACAAUGACAUUGCCAAGCUCAAGCAAAUUCUCGAAAGCGAUGGUGAACAGGAGGAGGAGAAGGAGCGGGAGCAGGAGCAGGAGCAGCUGGUGGCCACCAGCAACAUACCAAAGCUAAGUGACCUUAGUAAAAUUGCCUUAAAUAGUUCCUUAAAAGUUAGCGACUUAGUCAUAAGUGCCCCAGGGGCUCAACAGAUCCUGCAGGAUAACCACAAACAGAAGCCGGCGACGACGCCAACGACGACGCGGGAGCUAAGCGUCGAGGAGGCGCUGGCGGAGAUGUAUCAGCAAAUCGGUGUCGCCUCCGAUGCGGAGGAUAAUGAAGCCGAAUCGGAAGUCAGCAAGCAGCUGAUUGAAGGUGCUGCAGCCGCCGCUGCUGGACAGGAUGUGCUGCUCAUCAAUCUUGCCGAGAUCUUUGACAACAACAGCAGUGAUCUGUAUGUAGUACAGUGCGACAUGAAUGAGAACAUACUGGGCGUGGUAGCGGAUCAAAAUCAGGACGAGGCUCAGCAGGGCGAGCAGGAGGAUGAGGAGGAGGACGAGGAGGCUGGGCAACUGCAGCAAGCGCAGGAAGCAACUGCAGAGCAAACGAAUACACUGCAGCUAAUCGAGCUGCUGACUGAUGCGGGGCCACAGGAGUCACAAUUCGAUGCCACGCCGCUCAUCCAUCACGAGGAGGUGGUGCCCGAUGAUUACAGGAUCUUUGAGCGCAAGGAGUUUCUCAAGUAUCUGCAUAGAAAGCAUGUGCAAAAUAACAUUAGUCGAUUCUACCAUGCCCAGCGUGUGCUCAAGAAGUACAAGCGCCGUCGGCUGCCCCAAUCCGCGAAAGCUCAGACCUUGACCAAACGGCGUUAACCAAAGAUUAGAUAUCACCACAACCAUACAUAUACAAAUGGGAAGUGCUGAAGGGGGUGGGAUUUGGGGCCUGGAGCAUUUGUCGCUCUAGCAUGAAGCAUUAACUUGGCGUGCCUAAUGGAUUAUAAAUUUGAAUUCAAAUUAUCCACACACACAUUAACAUCCACACA